AUGGGCCACGAACUUCGUGAACAUAUACCAGUCCUUAAUGUGCAGCCAAUCUUCCACCUGAUCGAAGCGGAAAUCCUAGAUCUUUCAUAUGAGGCAUUGGUACUGCAGGUUGAUGGUAAUGUGAGAUUGGAUAAAACAGCAAGAGACCCUGAUGCCUGGAGAGCUCGUAUUGGUGAUGAAGUGGUGGGCGGUCCUGAUGGCGACCCUCCUGGUCAAAUAGCAACUAAACUGGCAACGCAACCAACCGGUCCUGAGCUAAGAGAUAGGUGCACAAUGUCUCUAUGUGGAGAAUUGGGGACGCUUGGAGCCCCUGGAGCAAUGCCGAAAAUGAUACUAGCGGUUAGAGUUGAUGAACCUCAUGAUAACACACUUCAACCCCCUCCGCUUGGAAUUGCAGUUGGAAAGGAGAAUAAUGAUCACUUUUUGAGGAGAGGAGUUUCUCAUAUAAUGUCGCGCGCAAUGAACAUCAGAAGGGGAAUUCCUAGCAAUUUUGAUCCCAACGAUGAGGAUCAAGUCAAUGAAAACGAAUGGCAAAUGAGUACACCUCUAUCUAUUGCAUUUCCUCUGAUAGGAUGCAGAACUGGGUACGGAUAUAUUAACGCAGCCGAAAAUAUCCUGAGCGCAAUCAUUGGAUGGUAUCACGAUCCAAGAUACACCCCACAGUUUGGUAACGCUGCAAUGCGCGCUUUCAGCAUUCCAGAUAUAUAUCUUGUCAUUCCCCCAAGAACCUCUGUGAAUGUACGCACUCUCAAGCCUGCAUUGAUUCGAUCUGCCUGGGAAAAGGCAUGGGAUCGAUAUUUGCCACCUGCUAUUGGCAUUCCACCCGUACGUUAUUCUAAAGAUGUCGAAGAUAACCUGGCCGAUCAGGUUCGACAACACGCGACCAACUAUUGGAAACCAGGUCUUGGUCAGGUGUUAUUGAUUGAUGGUGUGGAUGAUGCGGCAGGAGGAUUUCCAUUAAACCUCACCCCGUGGGUACCAGAGACCAUCACUGCUUCCUGGAUCAGACGUAAUUGUAGAGUUCUUAGAGGAGGCAGAAUAAAGAGAUUGACUACAAUUUGA